CUACCUACACUCUUGAAGCUAACGGUGUCGUUACUGUAGUAACUACGACCAAUACUGUCCCUCCCGCUAGUGAACUUCCUUCUGGACUUACAGUUAUCGGUCCCUCCUCGACUGUCGUUGGCGCCUCCCCAUAUGAUGAAAGUUUAGCUACCUAUACCAUUAUAAACGGUGAUUCAUCUAUCGUGAUAACUACCAGUGGUAGUCUCCUUCCUGCCACUGCAAUCCCUUCCGGAUACGAAGUUAUUGGUCCCUCCACUACAAUUAUCGGCGCCUCCCCUAAUCCCGAUUCAUAUG